CGCAGCAUUCGCUGUUCAGGCCUCGUGAUGUGAGGACGCUUCCGUGAAAUAGUUAUCGGUUCAUUGUCAGAAACGUGUGAUGUAACAAAAACAUUUAAAGAAUGUUAACAGGACAAAAUCCGAGAACAAGAAAGAAAAGAAGAGGCACAUGUAAAACGUUAUUAACAUGAGGUGGAUAACUAUUUCAUUUAUUUUGUGUGUAUUUGGAUGCUUCAAAGAGUUCAGGCCUUCGGAAUCUUUUGUGACUGAUUAUUUAACCGGACCGUGGAAAAAUUUUACAGAUGCACAAAAGUACAAUAAUUUUUCAGGUUAACCAAGAAAUUUUUCCUAUUUCUACGUAUUCUUAUUUUGCAACUUUAAUUGUUAUAUUCUUAAUAACAGACUUUGUACGAUAUAAGCCCAUCAUUAUUUUGUGCGGCUUUUCUGGAAUUAUCACUUAUCUUCUAAUUAUAUUUGGGCAAAAUGUUUUACUUAUGCAAAUUAUGGAAUUCUUUUAUGGAUUGUUUCUUUCGACCGAGGUAGCAUACUAUACGUAUAUUUAUGCUAAAGUUGACAGGAAGCAUUAUCAAGAAGUAACCAGCCACACAAAAGCAGCAUCUCUUGUUGGACGUUGUAUGGCUGGUGUUAUUGCACAAGUAACAAUUUCUUUAGAUGUGUUAGAUUAUCAUCAACAAAAUUAUAUCACAAUAUCGGCUAUUAUAUUGGCAACGAUAUGGGCAUUUUUUUUGCCUUCUGUUGGCCAAUCUAUUUAUUUUCAUGCAAAGAAUGAAAACCAUAUUUUGAUAACAAAUAACAAUGUGACAAUAGCAUUGGAACAACAAAGUCACAUAUCACAUACACCUGAACAGCAUAUCGGGUAUACCUCUGUUAAAACAGAUAAUUUAUUGAUACAAAAAGUAAGACAGGCCUAUAUUUUAUUAUGGAAAGAUUGUUUACAAGCAUAUUCAAAUGGUCAUGUUGUAAAAUGGUCACUAUGGUGGGCCUUUUCAACUUGCGGAUUUUUACAAAUUAGUAGUUAUAUACAAUUACUUUGGCGAACUGCAGUUUCCUCUGGAGAUAAUGUCUAUAAUGGAGCUGUAGAUGCUCUUUAUACCAUUAUAGGUGCAAUCACUGUAUUUUGUAUAGGAAAAGUACCACUUAACUGGUCCUUAUUAGGGGAUAUAAUAGUAUCACUUAUGUCAUUUGUGGAAGGUGCAUUGUUAGUAUUCUCUUCAUACAGUUACAGUAUUUGGUUAUUAUAUGUUUCUUAUAUAUUAUUUGGAAUCAUUUAUCAAACAAUGGUUACUGUUGCAAGCUUUGAGGUUGCAAAAUGUAUAUCAGAGGACAGUUAUGGUUUAAUAUUUGGUAUAAAUACCUUUUUUGCACUGUUACUACAGAGUGUACUAACAGCUAUAGUAGUAAAUGGAAAUUUGGGAUUAGCUCUGAGAUCUCAGUACAUUAUCUAUGGUGGUUAUUUCAUUGUGAUAGGAAUGCUGUACACAAUAAUGGGCAUAUUUAAUAUUGUACAGCAUUCUAAAAGUGGUAUGAAGUUUAAAAUAUGGGUGAAGGAGGAGAGUGUCAUAAAAGAAAUACAUCCUAAAGAUGAUAGAACAGCUGUGAAAAUGACAAAGCUGUAGUUGGAACUACAGUUUUUUAGAAAUCUAAUUAAAUAACAAUUUGUACCUUUUAAAAGUAUAAAAGCCAUAUGUAGCUAUAGAAUAGCCAUAAAAUGAUCGUUUAUUAAGUAUUUAAUUAAUAUAUUUUUUUAGAAAGUUUUAAGAAUUUGUAACAUAUUUUAAACAGUUCCUUAUUAUUUAUUUUGAUAUUCACACCAUUCAA